AUGGACGAGACGCAAGAGCCACUGGUCCUGACCGUGCACCUCCUGGCCAACGCCGGGCAGGGCGCGCUCCUGCAGCAGAGCCUGGACCAACUCCUGAGCUGCGUGUGCCCCGAGCUGCGACUCUUCCUGGUGUCCGAGAGAGCCAGCCCGGGGAAAUCCGACGACAAGAGUCACUCCAGGCGGUCGCGCUUCCCGGGGACGUCGGUGCUGCUCUUCCUGCGCCAAAGCCUGGGCGAGGAGCACCUGUCGCGCGUGCUGGGCUCGCUGCGGCGCUGGCCGUGGCAGGCGCGACCGUGUCGCCCGUCCAUCCUGGCCAGCCAGGACUUCUACAGCCUGGACCCCCAGCUGCCUGUUUGGGGCGUGCGGCAGGUGCGAGGCGGCGCCGAGAUCCUCAGGGUGACGCUCUACUGCAGCUUUGACAACUACGAGGACGCCGUCCGGCUUUAUGAGAUGAUUCUGCAGAGGGAUGCCACAGCGCACAAGAGCGACUUCUGUCUCUUCGUGCUCCAUGCCACCGAGCGCUGGGUUCUGCAGCUGGCCCUCAAGCAGCUGCCCCUCGGGGUGGCGGUGGACCCCAAGGAGUCGUCUGUGCUGCAGUUUCGAGUGCAGGAGAUCGGCCAGUUAGUGCCCCUACUCCCCCAUCCCUGUGUCCCCAUCAGCCGCACCCGGUGGCAGACGCAGGACUACGAUGGCAACAAGAUCUUGCUUCAGGUGCAGUUGAACACAGGGCUUGGUGGCAGGAACGGCGAGCUUUCUUACCGACACAGCACCUCAGGAGCUCACACACUUCCCCGAGACUCUAGGCUGACCCUCGGCUCCCAAGCAAGGACCCUUGAGCCAAGAACUCGAAGGAGCCGGUCCAGAAGGUUCAAGGUGGGUUCUCUGGAGCUCCCUGAGCCAGGCAGGAGCCCAGGGCUGGACAAUACCUGGGAUAGUUCAUGGAAAAGUUCUGACUGCUCACAUCAGCCCGGCGGCCCGAACACCAGCACCCAGCUCCCUCCGCCUACGGGCCCCAGCAUGAAAGUCGGCAGCUGGGAAAACAGCUCUGAGAAGCUGGAGGCAGAGACGAAUGUGGACACGGGGUUCACGGUGGUCAGCUCAGAAGAAAGGCGAUCUCUCCUCAGCAGGUUUCCAAGGGAGCGCUGGACUGGCCAGUCUCCAUCCUGCUCGCCUGCUGCCCUCCCGGGGACAGCUGCCUCCAAAAAGAACAGAAGCAUGAAGGAAAGGAUUCGCCCUUUGUCACUUGGUGGCCAGAGGGACCUUGGUGCAACGGGCCUUACCUCCAAGUGUCCCGUUCAGCUUCCAGUCCAGGGACCAGGGAAAGAAGAAUUCUUUAUCUAGCACCAAACCAAGAUGGUUUUCAAAACAACAAGAUUAUAUGGUUUGUUUGAGAAGUGAAACA